UGUCGUCUCAUCGGAGCAGGAGGGCACGCGCAAAAUUUGAAAGUUGACCGGAAGCGGUGAUGAACAAGAAAGAAACAACGGGUCGUUUUAUAUAUUAAAGUCUCGUAAUUUAUUCGAAAAGCGGACUAUCUGCAUGGAACUAACGUUCCAAUAUUAACAAUGUUGAAGUUUUCAUACGUAACCCAAGGAAGUCUGAAAACACGACCCACCUCCUCGGACCCCAUCACAAUUCGUAGCUCGAGACUCAACCAGCUGUUUCAGGGUCGAGUUAGCCUGAGUGGGCAGCAUGGAGGAUGCUCCUUGGGUCGUGAGGAGUUUGUGGACUCUCUAUUAUUACUGUACCAAGAGUGUAAAUCCCCCGAGCUCAUGAAAAUACACCAUGUGGCCAACUUCGUCAACAAAUUUUCAGAAGUGGUCUCUGAGCUCCAAGCCUUGCAGCCCAGCCUUCAUGAUUUUGAAGUGCGCACUGUGGUUGGUCGCGGUCGCUUUGGCAAGGUCCAAGUGGUACGGGAGAAGGCAACAGGGGAUUUUUGUGCCCUAAAAGUCAUGGAAAAGAAAGUUUUACGCUCUCUAGAACACGUGGUUUUUCAUGAAGAGGAGCGGAGGAUUCUGUCUUUGAACUCCAGUCCCUGGAUCCCGCAGCUCUUCUGUGCUUUCCAGGAUGAACAUCACAUCUAUUUGAUAAUGGAGUACUUGCCUGGCGGCGACCUUCUGUCUCUGAUCAACCGAUAUGAGGAGCAGUUUGAUGAGUCUAUGGCUCAGUUCUAUUUGGCUGAGCUGGUGGAGGCCAUUCAUGCUGUCCACCAGCUGGGCUAUGUCCACAGAGAUGUCAAGCCCGAGAACGUUGUCAUUGAUCGGACUGGUCACAUUAAGCUCGUAGACUUCGGAUCCGCUGCCAGGCUCACGGCUAACAAAACGGUGGCCACUCCCACAGUUCCAGUAGGAACUGAAGACUUCCUCUCCCCUGAGGUCCUGGCGGCCAUGAAUGGGGGGCCUCAUAGCUCUUAUGGCGUGGAGUGUGACUGGUGGUCCCUCGGGGUCAUAGCCUACGACAUGAUCUAUUCUAGGCUGCCUUUCUCUGAUGGCACUUCAACACGAACCAUCCACAACAUCCUCAACUUCCAGAAUUUUCUGAAGAUUCCAGAGGAACCACGCACCAGUAAACAGUUUGUUGACCUGGUGUUUGGUUUGCUUUGUGGAGCAAAAGAACGUUUAGGAUUCCAGGGACUCAGAUGCCACUCGUUUUUUUCCAGUGUGGAAUGGAACAACUUAAGACAAGUUCUCCCACCUUUUGUUCCUGCGUUGCAUGCCGAAGAUGACACCUCUAAUUUUGAGGAGCCUGAGCUGGCAGCCCCCCGGCCAGCCUCAGCAUCCAAGCAAGGAGCUCCCCCUGUGGGCUUCCAGGGCGAGGAUCUCCCCUUUCUAGGAUGGUUUUUCAGCAGAGCGCUGACAACACUGGCCAAAUCUGAGGCAGUGUCUGCAGGCCUCAACUCUCCAGCUAAGACCAACUCCAUGGAAAAGAAGCUCCACCUUAAAAGCAAGGAAUUGCAAGAAACCCAAGACAAAUGUCACAAGAUGGAGCAGGAAAUUUCCAGGUUCCAACGGAAAAUGACUGAUCUAGAGUCAGUGCUCCACCAGAAAGAUGUGGAGCUGAAGGCCUCUGAGACUCAAAGGAGCAUCCUCGAGCAAGACCUCGCCACCUACAUUACAGAGUGCAGUAGCCUAAAGCGGAGCCUUGAGGAGGCACGUGUGGAAGUCUCUAGAGAAGAUGACAAAGCUAUGCAGCUGCUGCAUGACAUUCGUGAGCAGAGCAACAAGCUGCAGGAAAUCAAAGAGCAAGAGUACCAUGCCCAGCUGGAGGAGAUGCAAGUGACCAUCAGACAGCUGGAGGAGGACCUGUCAGCUGCCCGCCGCCGCAGUGAUCUCUACGAAUCGGAACUCAGAGAGUCAAGACAAACCGGGGAGGAUCUCAAACGGAAGGCUAUAGAAUACCAGCAUAGGAUUCAGAAGGCUAAAGAGCAGGGUAAAGCAGAGGUAGAGGAGCUUCUUUCCAAACUGGAAAAGACAAACGCUGAGCAACAGAUAAAAAUUCAGGAGCUCCAGGACAAACUGUCAAAGGCGGUGAAAGCAAGCACAGAAGCCACUGAACUGCUGCAGAAUGUCAGACAGGCCAAAGAACGGCUGGAACGAGACCUGGAACGUUUGCGAGGCAAAAGCGACUCCAGUGACACGCUCAAACGACGGCUGAGAGAGACAGAGCAGGAGGGCAGGAAGACCCUCGAAAACCAGGUAAAGAGGCUGGAGAUGGUUGAGCGCAGGGAGAAUAAGCUGAAAGAUGACAUUCAGACCAAAUCCCAGCAGAUCCAACAGAUGGCUGAAAAGAUCCUGGAACUAGAGGACCACCUGAGGGAUGCCCAGUCUACGGCACAACGAAUGGAAACUCAGCUUGUCCAAAAAGAGAGGCUUUAUGAAGACAAAAUUAAGGUUCUGGAAGCCCAAAUGAAGGUGGACCUAGCUGACAAAGAGAGUCUGGAGGCCAGAAGAGCACAGCAGGAGGAGGAAUCAAGAGAGAACUGCAAACUUAUCAGCGAGCAGAAAGCUACCAUUAACGCAAUGGAUUCGAAGAUGAGGAACCUGGAGCAGCGAAUCGCUGAGCUGUCAGAGGCUAACAAGCUGGCUGCUAAUAGCAGCAUCUACACACAAAAGAAUAUGAAAGCCCAAGAGGAGAUGAUUUCGGAGCUGCGACAGCAAAAGUUCUAUUUGGAGUCUCAGGCUGGCAAGCUCGAGGCUCAAAAUGCCAAACUGGAGGAACAUCUCGAGAAGAUAAGUCAGCAAGAGCAGACAAAGAGGACCCGUCUACUGGAGCUGGAGAGUAGGCUACGGGAGAUGGGCUUAGAGCAUGAAGAGGAAAAGCUGGAAAUCAAGAGACAGGUGUCUGAGUUGACCCUCUCCCUGCAGGAGCGUGAGUCCCAGAUAAGUAGCCUGCAAGCAGCUCGUCUCGCUUUGGAGAGCCAGCUGCAGCAAGCCAAGACUGAGUUAGAGGAGACCACUGCUGAGGCUGAGGAGGAGAUCACUGCUUUGAGGAAUCACAGAGAUGAAAUUCAACAGAAGUUUGAUGCCCUCAGAGAGAGCUGUUCUGUCAUCACUGACCUCGAGGAGCAACUUACCCAGCUCAGUCAGGAAAAUGCUGAGUUAAAUCGCCAGAACUUCUACCUUUCCAAACAACUGGACGAAGCAUCAGAUGAGAGGGAGGACCAACUGCAGCUGAGCCAGGAGGUGGACCGACUCAGGAGAGAGGUGGCAGACCGUGAGAUGCAUCUCAACAAUCAAAAACAAAACAUUGAGACACUGAAGACUACAUGUAGCAUGCUGGAGGAGCAGGUUGUGGAGCUUGAAUCCCUGAAUGAUGAGCUGCUAGAGAAGGAGAGGCAGUGGGAGGCUUGGAGAGGGGCCCUAGAAGAUGAAAAAAGCCAGGCUGAGAGACGCACUAGGGAACUGCAGAGACUGCUAGAUAAUGAAAAGCAAAACAGGUUACGCGCAGACCAGCGCAGCACAGAGUCUCGCCAGGCAGUAGAACUAGCGGUCAAAGAGCACAAAGCUGAGAUAUUGGCCCUGCAGCAGGCCUUGAAGGAGCAGAGACUCAAAGCUGAAAGUCUGUCUGAUACUCUCAAUGAUCUGGAGAAGAAGCACGCCAUGCUGGAGAUGAACGCUCGCAGCUUGCAGCAGAAAUUGGAGACUGAGAGGGAGUUGAAACAGAGGCUGAUGGAAGAGCAAGGAAAGCUCCAACAGCAGAUGGAUCUCCAAAAAAGCCACAUUUUCCGUCUCACCCAGGGCUUACAGGAUGCGCUGGACCAGACUGAUAUGCUGAAGACUGAGAGGACUGAUUUGGAGUACCAGUUAGAGAAUAUACAGGCUGUAUAUUCCCAUGAGAAGGUAAAGAUGGAGGGGACCAUCUCGCAGCAGACCAAACUCAUUGACUUCCUUCAAGCUAAAAUGGACCAACCCACCAAGAAAAAGAAGGGUAUUUUUGGGCGACGCCGUGAAGAUGUAGGCACAACAACUAAUGGAGCAUUGACUCCUCAUACCCAGCCAGCAGUUCCCUUGCAGUACAGUGACAUGAAGCUUGCUUUGGAGAAGGAGCGCUCAAGGUGUGGAGAGCUGGAAGAGGCGCUACAGAAAAUGAGAUUAGAGCUACGAUCCCUAAGGGAAGAGGCCGCUCAUUUCAAAGCACAGGAUCACAUGACUACUUCCACACCAGCCCAGGCUCGCCAUCAAAUUCUCAUGUCGGCCAUUGUAAAGUCCCCAGAACAUCAACCCAACCCUUGUGGGCUGCUUAACCCCUCAACUCGCUCCAAGGAGACUUCCACACCUGAAGAAAAGAGGAGGGUCACCUUUGAAAAGUUUGGCCGUCGUGUGAAGGAGAGAAUGCACCAUAAUAUUCCCCAUCGCUUCACUGUGGGUCUCAACAUGAGGGCUGCCAAAUGUGCCGUCUGCCUGGACACUGUCCAUUUUGGUCGCCAGGCUGCCACUUGUCUAGAGUGCCACACCCUCUGCCAUCCGAAAUGCUCACCAUGUCUUCCAGCCACUUGUGGUCUGCCAGCUGAAUAUGCUACCCACUUCUCUGAAGCUCUAUGCCGAGAGAAGGCAAGUUCUCCUGGACUACAAGUCAAGGAAGCCAGCGGGCAUGUUCGCUUGGAGGGAUGGAUGAAGCAGCCAAGAAAUGGCAAGCGUGGUCAGCAGGGUUGGGAGACGAAGUAUGUGGUUCUUGAUGGAACAAAAAUAUCAAUCUACGAUACAGAGCCCAGAGAAGACUGUAUAAAUGCGGAAGAGGAGUUUGAGCUUUGUCUACCUGAUGGAGAGGUAACUGUUCAUGGAGCUGUUGGAGCCUCUGAGCUAAUCAACACUGCAAAGUCAGACAUUCCUUACAUUCUGAAGCUGGAGUCACACCCCCACACCACUUGUUGGCCUGGCCAGUCCGUCUACUUCAUGGCUCCCAGUUUCCCAGACAAACAGCGCUGGGUGGCUGUACUGGAGUCUGUGGUGGCUGGUAGCCGUGGACCUAAAGACAGAGGGGAUUCAGAAGCUAAACUUCUGGGCAACUCCUUGCUGAAGCUGGAGGGUGACGACCGCUUGGACAUCAACUGCACUCUGCCUCUCACUGACCAGAUUGUGCUGGUUGGCUCUGAGGAGGGCUUGUAUGCGCUGAACGUCAUAAAGAACUCCUUAACCCACAUUCCAGGCCUUACCUCAGUAUUCCAGAUUCAGGUCCUGAGGGAGCUUGACAAGCUGUUGAUGAUCACUGGAGAGGAUCGGGCUCUCUGUUUGGUGGAGAUCAAGAAAGUGAAACAGUCUUUGUCACAGUCCCAUCUCCCAGCUCCACCUGACCUCAACCCCUUCAUCUUCGAAACAGUGAAGGGGUGCCACCUCUUCUCCUCUGGAAAGAUUGACAAUGGCAUCUGUAUCUGUGCUGCCAUGCCCAAUAAGAUUACAAUCCUUCGACUCAAUGAAAGCCUCAAUAAAUUCUGUAUCAGAAAGGAAAUUGAGACCUCGGAGCCCUGCAGUUGUAUCCACUUCACUGGCUAUAGUAUAAUCAUUGGCACCAACAAAUUUUAUGAAAUUGAAAUGAAGCAGUAUGUGCUGGAAGAGUUCCUGGAUAAAGAUGAUGUGACGUUAGCCUCUGCUGUGUUCGCCGCAUCUUCCCACAGCUUCCCCAUUUCCAUCAUUCAGGUUACGACAGCUCCUCAGAAGGAGGAAUACCUCCUCUGUUUCCAUGAGUUUGGCGUUUUUGUGGACGCAUAUGGACGCAGGAGUAGAACCGAUGAUAUCAAGUGGAGCCGCCUCCCCCUCUCAUUUGCCUAUCGAGAGCCAUACUUGUUUGUGACCUACUUCAACUCUCUGGAUGUCAUUGAGAUUCAGGGACAUUCUGCAUUAGGGUCCCACUCAUACGCUCAUCUAGACAUUCCAAACCCACGCUACCUUGGCCCAGCCAUUUCUUCCGGGGCCAUUUAUUUGGCCUCAUCAUAUCAGAACAAACUGCGGGUAAUUUGCUGUAAAGGCAACUUGAUUCAGAACCAUGAUGGUGGGGAAGACCUGCAGCAUUGUGGUUCAGGACGCAGCCCUAACAAACGUGGGCCUCCUUCCUACAACGAGCACAUCUCCAAAAGGCUGGCAGGCAACCCCAAUGUACAUGGAGAGCCUGGCACACCCCACCGCUACCGAGAGGCCCGCACCGAGUUUCGGCGUGAUAAGUCCCCCAGCCGACCUCUGGAGAGAGAGAAGUCUCCGAGCAGAAUGCUCGGAGACUUGCAGAAUCGAAAUGUCGCAUCUCCUGGCAGAGUCAUGGCUGACCCUCGAUUAGAGCGCUCUCCAGCCAGAGCCAUGGCGGACCCCCGAAUGGAUCGUUCUCCGGGGCGUGUGAUGGAAGUUCGCAGGGAGAGGUCUCCAGGUCGAUUCGAGGAGCGCCAGAGGCUUCAUACUGGUUCUGGACGCACGCCCAUAAACCCCGUUACCAAGGUGUGGGACCAGUCAUCUGUUUAGGAUCUUCCUCUCGCGAGGUCCAUCUUCGGGAAAAGCUGAUGAGGGAACAAAAAACACGGAACGUCACCAAGUUACAAGGAAACACUGUCACACAAUUGUUUUGAUUGACAAUGAAGCAGGCAACUCCACACAAGAAACAACUAAUAGCUUAAAGAAGCAAGAGGUAAUUGUUAAAUAGAUGUCCUUAAUGCCAUGUGAACAGCGUUUCAAGCAGGGUGAUUUUGCUCUGUUUCAGAGUAGCUUGGCUUUCAGUUUAAUGAAGUUAAAAGAAAAAGAAAUAAAUAAAAAAUAAAAUAAAAGCUCAGCUGUAGCAACACAAGUUCUCACAUUGAUGCUGAAAACAACACAAUCGGUCACUGUUAAAAAAAAAAAAGAAUAAACAGCCUCCUCUAUAGCAUCUGUGCCUCUCAACACUCAAUCAUUAAUAGCUAGUUAUAACCAUUCACUAUCAAUGUUCUGUUUGACUUUGUCAGACUUUUAUUAGUAUUGGUUUCAGGAGCUGGAAAUUAAAAAAAAACAAUCAAUAAAGUCACAAAGCAGAGGCUUGUCUUCCCAAGGAUAGGUUGCCAUUAAAACUCCACAACAAACAAUGCCGAGCAGCCGUGGAGCAGAAACUUUCUCAUCCUUCAGAAUGCUAUCUGACUGUAAAUAGACAAGACAUAAUUUUAUAUACAUAUAUAAAUAUAUAUUGAGAAGGAAUUUCAAGGCUGGAUAAGCCAUGUCUAUUUUUGUUAAAUAAAUAAAUUUAAAAAAAUGAUAACUAGCCCUCUUGAAAGCCUAAUAAGUAUUCUUUUAUUACGUCCAAAUGUCUGUCAAAGUGAGUGAUUGUAUUUUGGCCCUGACUAGUGUAGCACUUCCAUUUGUCAAUGGAAAACCUUCAUUAAAAAAAGACAAAUGAACAUCAUUUUACGACUCUUCUACAUAGUCAAUGGAGCCCAAAUUGGUAAAAGUAGUAAGUGAAAAUUAAUUUGUCAACAGCAUGUGUAUAAGUGUGACAUGAACUCGUGCUUUCUGCUUCUGCCUCAUUUGGGUUCAAUUUUAAUUCCACUUUUCAUCAAAGGAAAAAAAAAACACCUUUACACAUUCUGAUUAAAAGCGAUCGACCCAAAUCUAUUUUGGACUGUUGUUGUCCUUAUUUUUUUAUUUCUGUAAAUCCGAAUGUGACCUGUGUUCUUAUUUACAUUGUGUUUACACAAAGUAGAUUCUGUAUUUCAUGUCAUUUGACAACUUCAUAACGCCUUGAUAAUAGCGUAAUGAUGUAAAAGCUUUCUUGAAUGUAAAGAAGUUGGUAUAAUUGGUCAUAGAGGUUAUUUAUUUUAUACAAUUCCUGCUGAUCUCUAUACAGUGAACCGCUGCUACAUGCAGGGAAUUGAGACAGAACCCAGUCGGAGAUAACAAAUAUCAACAAGAAACUGAUUACCACCACAAAACACACAUACACACAAAGGGUGUGUGUGUGGGGGGGGUGUAAUUCUCAAUAGAUGCCACACGAAGGUGGCAAAACACUACUCACAAUAAACUCACUUCAAUGUGCUUUCUUGAUAUCAAGAUGGUGCCAAAGCAAUAUUGUUAUUGCAUCAAUACUGUAAUUGCUUUGGCCUUGGUACAAAGACAGCGAACAGGCGGGUUUUUCAAAGCAUAACAAAAGAUUAUGAGAAAAAAUCUCUAAAUAGCCAAAUUGACCUGCUGAAAAUGCGCAACUGCAAAAAAUGCGGAGGUUCACUGUACAAAACAAAAAACGGUGGCUACUCAUCAUUGUUUAAUUUUAUACUUUUAAGUUGUAUAUUUCAUUUCAGUGAAUCAUAAUUGCUUCGCUGCCAGAUAUGAUAUUAAUGUUCGCUAACGACAAUUGUUUCAUUCCAGUGCCCUGUGGAGAUUUGAUCAGAGAAUAUUAAAUAUAUCCAUUCACUUUUAA